AUAAAUUUAUUCAAUUUUGAACAUACGUAUUAAAAACACAAUUGAAUUCUGUUUGGAAAUUUUCUAGGGGCAUGUGCUUUCUUAAGCUUUCAGACUUGUGCUGGAGUUUAUCCAAAAGACCCUCUAAGCCUCCACUCUCUCUAUAUAUGCCCCAUCGAUCCAACAGAACAAGUGCACAAACCAAUUACAAUACACCUCAAGAUUGAUUCUUUGAGAGAAAAAAAAAAUGAAAGCUUCAAGCUCUACACUAACCAUCGUCUUUUCAAUAUUAUUCCUUUUUUUAUUAAACAUUUCAUUGGUAACAUCAGAUUCAGCUCUUGAUAAUUUUCUCCAAUGUCUUCCCAAACAUUCCAACCCUUCUAAUCCCAUCACUGAUGCCGUAUACACUCCCAACAAUUCCUCGUUUCAAUCUAUUUACGAGUUACGUGCAAAUAACCUUAGAAUCUUAUCUUCUGCGACCUCAAAACCAGUGGCCAUUAUAACAGCCCUACAUGAAUCCCAUGCUCAAGCCACUGUCAUUUGCGCCAGGAGCCAUGGCCUCCAAGUAAGAAUUCGAAGUGGCGGUCAUGAUUAUGAGGGCCUGUCAUACACAUCCGACAUACCAUUUGUCAUUCUUGAUAUGUUUAAUCUUCGGUCUAUACAGAUUGAUAUGGCAAGCGAGACUGCGUGGGUUCAGGCAGGGGCGACAACUGGCGAACUCUAUUAUCGGAUUGCAGAGAAAAGUAAAGUCCAUGGCUUCCCUUCUGGAGUUUGUACUACUCUUGGCAUUGGUGGACACUUCAGUGGAGGUGGCUACGGACCCUUAAUGAGAAAAUAUGGCCUUUCUAUCGAUAAUGUCAUUGACGCACAAUUGAUUGAUGCCAAUGGUAAAAUCCUUAACCGAAAGUCAAUGGGAGAAGAUGUGUUUUGGGCAAUCCGAGGAGGUGGAGGAACCAGUUUCGGAAUCAUCCUUUCCUGGAAGAUCAAGCUGGUUCGUGUUCCUGCUAAGGUGACUGUUUUCAACGUGCAAAGGACUUUGGACCAAGGCGCAACAGAUCUUGCGUUUCGUUGGCAACAAAUUGCCCCUAAUCUGCCUAAAGAUCUCUUUCUCAGGCUUCAGCCUGAGCCUAUAACUGGAACUGGCAAUGGCAACAAAACCAUCCGAGUUUCAUUCAUCGGCCAUUUUCUUGGACAAACUGGUAGACUUGUCCAACUGAUGAACGCAAACUUCCCUGAACUGGGUUUGCAGCGAAGUGAUUGCAUAGAAAUGAGUUGGGUUGAAUCCACCCUUUUCUGGGCUGGCUUCCCCAACGGAACGUCCAUUGACAUCUUGCUCAAUAGAGUGCAAGAGGACAGAGUCUUCUUCAAGACAAAAUCUGAUUACUACAAAAAAGUGAUUCCAAAGGAAGGCUUGGAGACCUUAUGGGAAGUGUUGCUGGACAUAGAGGAUAUUUUCAUCCAACUAAAUCCAUACGGAGGAAGAAUGGAAGAGAUUUCAGAGUCCGAAACAGCGUUUGCACAUAGAGCUGGAAACCUUUUCAAAGUACAAUAUACGGUGCUAUGGUCAGAGGCUGAUGGAGGCAUCGGAGCUGCAGAGAGGUAUGUUGAAAUGUCAAGAAGAUUGUACAGUGUAAUGGCUCCAUAUGCCUCAAGCAACCCAAGGGAGGCGUUCCUCAACUACAGAGAUCUUGACAUUGGCAGCAAUGAAAGCAACAACACAGAUUUUGCAGUUGCAAAGGUUUACGGUGCCAAGUAUUUCAAGAACAAUUUCCUGAGACUGGCACGUGUGAAAGCUAUGGUAGACCCUGAUAAUUUCUUCAAAAAUGAACAAAGCAUUCCGCCAUUGCCAAUGCCAUCUCAUUGAGGUGGCUCCCAACCGUUAUUUUCUACCACCUGCGAAGCUGCUUCCAAAUUUCUUGGGAACUUAAUUUCUCUAGCUAGGCAAAGACACGACUUCUUGCCAGUUAAUAUUGUUGCCUGAGAUUAAACACAUCUUGUUAUGCCUUAUAUUAUUGUAUGUAAUAAAGAAUAACUUUGUUUUAUAAAA